AUGACGGUAGUGGUAAAUAGAAAAGAGAUGAUGGAUCGGAUCAAAGGUCCAUGGAGCCCCGAGGAAGACGAGGCGUUACAGAACCUGGUCCAGAAGCACGGCCCCAGGAACUGGUCUCUGAUCAGCAAAUCCAUCCCCGGCCGCUCCGGCAAGUCCUGCCGCCUGCGGUGGUGCAACCAGCUCUCCCCCCAGGUGGAGCACCGCGCCUUCACCCCGGAGGAGGACGAGACCAUCAUCCGCGCCCACGCCCGCUUCGGCAACAAGUGGGCCACCAUCGCCCGCCUCCUCAACGGCCGCACCGACAACGCCAUCAAGAACCACUGGAACUCCACCCUCAAGAGGAAAUGCUCCUCCCCCUCCUCCGCCGGGGCGCCCCCCGACGAAGCCAGUUUCGGCUACGACGGGGAUUUCGGGGAGGCGGAGAGGCCGCCGCUAAAGAGGUCGGUGAGUGCGGGCUCGGGUGUGCCGGUCUCCACCGGGCUUUACAUGAGCCCCGGCAGCCCCUCCGGAUCUGACGUCAGCGAUUCCAGUGCCCCCGGCGGAUUGUUCAGGCCGGUUCCGUGGUCAGGUGGAGUGAAUGUAAUAGCGCCGUCGCUGCCACCACCGCAGCCACACCCACACCCGGUGGAAACAACAUCGUCUUCGGACAACAAUAACAACAGCAACAGCAAGUCUCAUAAUAAAGAGCCACAGACCUCACUGAGUUUGUCGCUACCCGGUGUUGACUUAACCGAGGUGUCCACCCGAGUUGUCCCCGAGUCAACUCGAUACCAGAAUCGCAGUCAAACUCAGGCGGUGAGGAAUGCGAUACACCUGUUGCCUGUAGCUGUUCCAGCAACUCCUUCGGCUCCGGCUCCCGCUCCUGCGCCAGCUCCGGCGGCGGGGACGGGGAUUGUGGGGUUCAGCUCGGAGUUUAUGGCGGUGUUGCAGGAGAUGAUAAGGAGGGAGGUGAGGAAUUACAUGAUGGAGCAGGGAGGAGGCAGAGCGGGCGGUAGGGUCAGUGGGGGGAUGUGUUUUCAAGGUGAGGGCUUUAGGAAUGUUGGGGUGGUUAAUCGGAUUGGGGUUGGUAAGAUUAAUGAGUAG